AUGGUCCGGGAUCCGGCCCCCUCCCGGCCGGCGCGGCGCGGCGCGGGACGGACUGGCUCCCAGCGGGCCCGCCCCUUCCGGGGCGACGUCACCGCCCCGCCCAGCAACGGCCCCACCUGGCGGAAGUGCGCUCACGACUUCCGCCUCAGCGAGCUUCCCGACACUGCGCGCCCAGACACGACUGAGCCAGUUUCUGGUCCGCUCCGGGCGGCGGUCAACGUGAGCACCCUGGCGCGGGGCACGGGGGUGCGGAGCCCCGGGCCGGGGCCCACUGCGAGCCGCUGGCUGAUCGCAUUGCUGUUGCUGCUGUUGCUGCUGCCGCUGCCCGCCGCCGCCUGGUACAAGCACGUGUCGAGUCCCCGUUACCACACGGUGGGCCGCGCCGCGGGCCUGCUAAUGGGGCUGCGCCGCUCGCCCUACGUGUGGCGCCGCGCACUGCGCCCGGCUGCCGGGCCCCUUGCCUGGGACGGCUUCGGCCUGGGCGUGUCCCCCCAGGGGCCAUCUGCCAGAAGCACCGUCUCUGGGGGGCCCGCCGCCCGCGAUGCUCUGUUGCUUCCCUCCGGAGUUCAGAAACUGUGGGAGGUGCGACGCAGCAGCUCCCGCGCAGGGCUCCCGGUGAGUGCGCCUCGCAGCCCGCGCGCCCCGAAGUCCGCGCCCCAACCGGAGCUGCGGCUGGGAUCCUACUCCUGGACCUCUGAAGAGCGGGCCAGGGCACCCUACAACCUUUCCAUCCCCGACUCCCAGUAG